AUGGACAUGUCUGGCGUGAGCGCGGUGGACAGCCCUGGAGGCGGCAGCGCGUCGUCGGCGCUGGGAGCGCCGCGGCCGAGCAGGUACGAGUCGCAGAAGCGGCGGGACUGGCAGACGUUCGGACAGUACCUACGGAACCACCGCCCCCCGCUGGAGCUGGCGCGGUGCAGCGGCGCGCACGUGCUGGAGUUCCUCCGGUACCUGGACCAGUUCGGCAAGACCAAGGUGCACGCCGCGGGGUGCCCCUUCUUCGGCCACCCCUCGCCGCCGGCCCCGUGCCCGUGCCCACUGAAGCAGGCGUGGGGCUCCCUGGAUGCGCUGGUGGGCCGUCUCCGCGCCGCCUUCGAGGAGCACGGCGGCCGCCCGGAGGCCAACCCGUUCGGGGCGCGCGCCGUCAGGCUCUACCUCCGCGACGUCCGCGACGGCCAGGCCAAGGCGCGCGGCAUCGCCUACGAGAAGAAGCGCCGGAAGAGGAACCCCCAGACGUCGUCCAAGCAGAAGCAGCAGCAGGCGGCGGCCGCCGCCGCGGCCAGCCCGGCGCCCGUGGACAGGCCCGACAUGCGGCAUGGCAUGCUGGAGCAGACGCACUACCUGUUCCCCAUGCACGCGCACCUGUUCCAGGGACACUUCCUGGCGCCGGCGCCCGACGGUGACCCCGUGGGAGCCCUAGAUGGCGUAGUCCCGGCCGCCGGGGAUGACAUCGUGAUGGUGAUGGCGGCCGCGGCCGCCGCCGCCGAGGCGCACGCUGCCGGGUGCAUGAUGCCGCUGUCCGUGUUCAACUAG